CCCAUUAGACGCAGCAGCAGCUUCCCUCUUCACUCUCCCCACCGGCGGCCGAAAAUCCCCAGCUAGGUUAAGCUCCCUUUCUCCUCUCCCGUCGGCGGCUAAAAUGGGUCGUGUUCGCACCAAGACCGUGAAGAAGUCCUCGCGCCAGGUGAUUGAGCGCUACUACUCGAAGAUGACACUCGAUUUCCACACCAACAAGAAGAUCCUUGAGGAAGUCGCCAUCAUCCCUUCCAAGCGCCUCCGCAACAAGAUCGCCGGCUUCUCCACCCACCUGAUGAAGCGGAUCCAGAAGGGCCCCGUCCGUGGCAUCUCCCUCAAGCUCCAGGAGGAAGAGCGCGAGCGCCGCAUGGACUUCGUCCCUGAGGAGUCCGCCAUCAAGGUCAACAGCAUUGAGGUCGACAAGGAGACGCUCGAGAUGAUCAGCGCCCUCGGCAUGGCCGAUGUCGGUGGGAUUUCCGUCGUCGACCCCGUUGCUGCCUCGGCUCCGCAGUUCGGUGGGUUUGGCAGAGGCAGGCCAAGGUACUAAGGCAUUAUGGAAAAAGGGUUCAGGGCGGGGGAAGUCAGUCCUGGCGUUCUGCUUCUAUCUGCAGUUUAUUAUUCUGUUUUUGGUUAUAUGGGAAUCUGGAGUAUUUGUGUUUAGUUUGUUUUACUGUGAGAGAAAUUUUGUUAGACUUUGCUACUCUUGUUGAAUUGUUGGCUAAAUGGAUGGUAGUUUCUGAAAUGGUGUUCGUCCUGGAUAUUGUCAUUUGUGCCUCGUUUGCCUGAAUAUGCAAAUUUGGCCCCUGUUUCUCUAUAUGCUGUUUAUGGUGGGUGACGAUUAUGUGUUUCUUCUAGCCAUUGCCCAUCUGAAUUUGUGCCUUGCUGCUGGGACUCUGCCAUUCAGUGAGGAUUUGUUUAGAAGAGUGGUUAGAAGUGACUUGGGUCUCUCUAUUAUGUGCAUAAAUAUGGUACUUUGGA